CAUUGAUUUUGAGAUGGCUUCUUCUCACUUAGUUUUGGUACUUCAGCCAGUUCUACAUGUGAUGGAACGUCUGUAGCUUCACUAUUGUGAUUAAUAACAUCAAAGCUGGACGAUCUGACAUCUGCUGAAACCUGAACGUGGUUUGGAUAGGUUCUGCAAGGCUCGAUCUAUUGUUACACAUCAGGACGUUGUGAGAUUUGCCUUCAGGAUUUGCGGGAACCAAAGUUUCUUCUGGAAUGAAACCCUAGUUGUACGAUUUUUCCCUCUGUGAUUGCUGUACCAGAGCUUUGCCAAAAUUUUAAGGAUCCAAAUCCACCUAACGCACCUCUGCCUCCACAAAUCUGUAUCAAGCAUCUUCAGGUUCUGUAGCCGUCACACCGCCUGACGUCUCAGUGUGACCCUUGGAUCCUGUUGGGUUGGUACCAUGUCUGUUGAAACGUGCCCCCUCAGCGGGGCUCAGAUCGCUCUGUGUAGACUCGUGCAUUGUGGUGCGAGACCUCAGGUCACUCUGAGACCCCUGAGGACUGAGCUGCAGCUGUAUGUGGAAAAGAUCCGGGCCAAACAAAAACAAAGGAUGGAGGCGUCAUGUCUGGAGCUGGCGCUGGAAGGCGAGCGGCUGUGUAAAGCCGGAGAUUUUAAAGGUGGAACAACGUUCUUCGAGGCUGCAGUUCAGGUCGGAACCGAAGACCUGAAGACCCUCAGUGCCAUUUAUAGCCAGCUGGGAAACGCCUACUUCUACCUCAAGGAGUACGGAAAAGCUCUGGAGUACCACCGGCAUGAUCUCACGCUGGCCAGGACGAUCGGAGACCGAAUCGGAGAGGCUAAAGCCAGCGGGAACCUGGGAAACACCCUGAAGGUGCUCGGACGUUACGAUGAGGCGGUCGUGUGCUGCCAAAGACACCUCGACAUCUCACAAGAGCAAGGAGACAAGGUGGGCGAGGCUCGAGCUCUGUACAACAUUGGGAACGUGUUUCAUGCUAAAGGGAAGCAGCAGUUGUGGGGAUGUUCACAGGAACCUGGAGACCUGCCGGCCGACGUUAGAGACACCUUACAGAGAGCUACGGCUUUCUACGAAAUGAACCUGUCAUUGGUGAAGGAACUGGGGGACCGAGCUGCCCAGGGCCGGGCAUUCGGCAACCUUGGCAACACGCAUUACCUGCUGGGUAACUUCGUCGAAGCCAUCAAAUUUCACCGGGAGAGACUCUCCAUCGCUAAAGAGUUUGGAGAUAAAGCAGCGGAGCGGCGAGCGUACAGCAACCUGGGUAACGCUCUCAUCUUCCUCGGCCAGUUCAACCCUGCAGCCGAGUACUACAGGAAGACACUGCAGCUCUCCCGGCAGCUGAAGGACCAGGUGAUGGAGGCUCAGGCCUGUUACAGUUUGGGAAACACGUUCACGCUGCUGCAGCAGUACGAGCGCGCCAUCGACUAUCACCUCAAACACCUUCUCAUCGCCCAGGAGCUCAACGACAGGGUGGGUGAAGGACGGGCAUGCUGGAGUCUGGGAAACGCCUACGUCUCUUUAGGAAACCAUCGGCAGGCUCUGCACUACGUACGCAAACACCUCGACAUCUCCCGAGAGAUCGGCGACAGGAACGGGGAGCUGACGGCGAGGAUGAACGUGGAGCAGCUGAUGGAGACCCUGGAUGUAAAGGACGGAGAUCUGUCUCCAUGUGGAUCGGAGUUUGAGAUGCAGGGAGCGAGGCCAAAGUUCACGAAGAGGAACAGCAUGGACAGCGUGGACCUCUGGAAGUACAAUUCUGAAAAGAAUGAAGAUGGACAGGACUCGGACAGCGUGUCCCGGAGAUCUAGACUCUCUCAGUCGAGCCGGAGGAAGAAGUACGCGGAGAGUCAGUCAUCGGAAGACAGACAGUGGAUGGAUUCACCUGUAGAUACAGAUGAUAUCACCGUACAGGUAACACCACAGAAGCUGGGUCGCGACCCCUCUGAUGAGGACUGCUUCUUCGACCUGCUUAGUAAGUUUCAGAGCAGCCGCAUGGACGAUCAGCGCUGCCAUCUCGAUGAGGGUGCGAACGGGGAGGACACGCACAGCGACGACGCUGCAGACGACGCUGUAAACGACAUGAUCGACGCCGGCCUCCUGGCCUCCCCUCAGACGGAGGAACUGUUCGAUCUGAUCGCCAGCACUCAGAGUCGGAGGCUGGACGAUCAGCGGGUGAGCGCGGGCAACCUGCCGGGACUCCGGAUCACCCACAAUAACAUGGGGCACCUGUGCAGCGACGCCGAGCCUCAGGAGCCCAGCGACGACUUCUUCAACAUGCUCAUCAAGUGCCAGUCCUCCAGGAUAGACGAUCAGCGGUGCUCUCCCCCCGAGGAAGGUCCGCACGCCCCCACCGUACCGGACGAGGAUUUCUUCAGCCUGAUCCAGAGGGUUCAGGCCAAGCGGAUGGACGAGCAGCGGGUCCAGCUUCCCUCGGAAAACCAAUCCGACAACGAGGACGGCGCCGGAGACUCCAGCUAACCGGGACGCGGCACGGGAAUGAGAAAUAAACCUAAAACACGAGCGCGCGCCUCCAGCGAGGUGCAUUCAUGUCCAAACAGACCUUUAAAGAUUCGGUUCAGAACUGGGUUCAGGGUCCCUUAUAUGGCUCGGUCAGACGUGCACCACUUCUGCGCCGGUGUCGUAGUGGGGGAGAGCUAUCGAUGAACCGAGACCGGUCCCAUAAUUCCAGAUUAAAGGGCUUUAACAUUUCGGGACUCAUUAACGCCACACAGAGUGCAGCAGUGUUUUCAUUCAUACGCCGGGGCGCUUUCACACAGUGUUUGGUAGCUGCUAUCUGUACCACGUCAGAUAAAACCAACCACAUUUCAACCUUUUAUUGUAUUGAAAAUAUUGGAUAUUAUUUCUGUGACCACAUUGUAAAAAACAUUCAGAAUACGUUCUUUAAAGCUAAUUUUUAUUAUUAUUAUUAUAUUGUGAUGUAUUUAUCACAACGGUGGAAAACUGACUGACAUGGUGAACAUCGACUGUGAAAAAUAAUGAACAUUUUAAUGUAAAUUUACAGUUUUAAGGCUAAUCAGUUGAUAUAAAAUGGUAAAUAAGCUCAGAACAGAACACUUCUAUACUGGGAAACGUCCGGUCUGUGCAAAUGGGCCGGUCUGUGAACACAGAGGCAUAUAUUACAGGUUCAUGAUGCUGGUCCGGUACUAGGAUGAUGUUUUGAAUGAAAUUCUACUGUAAAUUGAGCCAAAACUAAAUCGGUGGAUUGGGCGUACCAGGUUAUACAGACAGUAAUUUAUUGAAAGGUAUAAAGCAGGGCUUCCGGGCGGACGUAUACAUUAAUAUAUACUGUACAGUAGAAUUAAACACCUUCAAGAGACGUCUGUGUCAAGGCAGUUUGGGGAUUUUAUUAAUUUCUGCAGCUCCUUUGUAAUUUAAUGAAUGAAUGAAUGAAUUUUUGCAGCUCAUAUAGUUUAGUAUACCUGCACACACACUUACACUGUAUGGACAAAAGUAUUGGGACGCCCCUUCUAAUCAUUAAAUUCAUGUGUUUCAGCCACAGCGAUCGCUAACAGGUGUAAUAAAUCAGCUAUAAAAAAGAAAUCACAUGCUCCCAACUUUGCAGCAACAGGUUAGGGAACUCACACUCACCAGCUCUGGAAUGACUGAAAAACAUCAGCACUCGGCCAUACAAAUGCUGCCAUCUUUUGACUGAACGGGCACAAAUUCCCACAGUCUUGUGGGAAGCCUCCAUUUCUCAGAAGACAUGGGAUUCCCGACAAGCUCAUUAUCAGGCGUCCAAAUACUUUUGACCAUAUACUGUAUAUCGCAGUUUAACGCCACCUGGUGGUUAAAAGUGUCAAAAAAAAAAAAGAAAAAAGGACCCUCAAACGUGGAGAACUGAGCAGCACUUUGUUUGAUUUAGUUUGUUUUUUAUUAAUUAAAAAUGUUAUUAAUUAAAAAAUAUAUUAUGAUUUAUAAUAGAUGUUCGUGUCUAGUGUAGGAAUAUACCACAUCUUCACCCUCAUGGUACUAAAAAUGAACAGAAAAUGACCAAGAAACUGGAUGUAUUAAAUUUCAUGGCUAUAAUUUAUAACCAAAAUCACACCUGAUUAACAUGAUGGAUAGAUUUUAUUAACGUCACGUCCUGUAAUUAUAUAUGUUCAUUUCUUAGCAUGUUGUGAAUUAUAUAACAGUAAUUUUAUUUUGUAUUUAUUCUGUGUUGGUGGACCCGCUCGUCCACUUGCUUUUAAUAAAACGUGGAAAAAAAUGUUA